AGAGGAAUCGAAGGAACUCAUUACCAGUCAGGAGGGAGAGCAGCUUGAAGUGAAGCAGGAGACUCCUACUUUUGAGGAAAGUGACCACAGUGAAGAUCAGACUGUGUACUUGAAUCCUGAUGACACUGCAGCAGAGACAGAGUCUGCAGUCAUCAUACCGGUUAUAAGCUCUGUGGUAUCAUAUGCAACCAGUGACCACCAGCUCCUCUCUGGUGAUCAAGCAGAGCCAAAACAACAGAAAAGACACUACAGAACCAGAAGUCACAUUAACAAUGUAAGCAGCCCGAACCUACCAGAGAAUAACUGUAAUACUGACCAAGGUAAAAAGUCUUUCAAAUGUGGCACACGUGGAAAAUAUUUUAAUCAUAAGGGAAAUUUGCAGAGACACCAGAGAAACAUCCACAAAGAUAAUAGGCAAUUUACUUGUAAAAUUAGUGGAAAACAUGUACAGUCUACUAGUUUGGUGAGCCAUAUGAGAAUCCACACAGUCGAAAAACCAUUUACAUGUAAAAUUUGUGGGUGGGGUUUCAGACUCAAUAGUAGAUUGAAACGACACUCGACAAUCCACACAGGUGAGAAGCCAUAUUCUUGUAAAACUUGUGGGAAAGAUUUCAGACAACAUUCUAACUUGGUGCUCCAUAUGAGAAUCCACACAGGGGAGAAGCCAUACGCUUGUAAUACUUGCGAGAAAAGAUUUGCUGACGGUUCAUCAUGUAAAACACAUAUGAGACUCCACACAGGUGAAAAGCCGUUUGCAUGUGAAGUUUGUGGAUUGGUUUUCAACCAGCGUGGUCAUUUGAGAAUCCACAUGAGAACUCACACAGGUGAGAAGCCAUACGCUUGCAAUAUUUGUGAGAAAAGAUUUGCUGACGGUUCAACAUGUAAAAAGCAUAUGAGAACCCACAUAGGUGAGAAGCCGUACGCUUGCAAUAUUUGCGAGAAAAGAUUUGCUGACAGUUCAACACGUAAAAUGCAUAUGAGAAUCCACACAGGUGAGAAGCCAUACGCUUGCAAUAUUUGCGAGAAAAGAUUUGCUGACAGUUCAACACGUAAAAUGCAUAUGAGAAUCCACACAGGUGAGAAGCCGUACGCUUGCAAUACUUGCGAGAAAAGAUUUGCUGAGAGUUCAACACGUAACGUGCAUAUGAGAACCCACACAGGUGAGAAGCCGUUUACUUGUAAAAUUUGUGGGACAUCUUUCACACGCAACAAUAUAUUAAAAAAUCACGUGAAAACCCACACAGGUUAGAGUCCACAUUCUUGUGAAAUAUCAGGAAAAAGGUUUCAAAAUGAAUUGUGACUUAAAAAUCCACAAGACAAUCCAAAACAGUUGAGAAGCGGUCGACUUGUAAAACAAGGGACAGCUUUCUUUUUGGCCACAUGAGAAAAGGUCACACUGGUGAGAAGCUCUUCAAAAGAUAGAAACCACUGAGCUGAUACUCCAGUACAAAUGUGUUAGUAGUUGUAAUGAAAUGCACCUUUGCAGCAGCUACAUCUCUGUCACUGAAUGUGAAAUAUUUUCCACACAGAUGAGAUGUCGACAUCACAAGUUAAAGUUCCCCUUGAUAUGACUAGAUUAAAAAUAAUGAUGUGAACCUGAUUGUUGUUGGUUUUGCCAAAUGUCCAUUUACAAAAUAUGUCUGAAUCACUUUACAGUUUAAGAUGGACUUAAAAUCUUGUGACAGUUCUAUAUGAAGCCUCCAAAACAUUUUUACAAAAAGUCAGAUUUUACAUCUGAGAUCUGCUGGCUUCUGUUUUAUACUACAAUAAAAUGCAUCAUAUUUGAUGUGAAUGUG